AUGGCCGUGGCCCCUACUGAAAAUGACGCAUGCGGAGUUGGGGGUUGGACGCUGGUUAUGAAGAUCAAUGGAACAAAGGUAGACCUAUUCCAACAUAGCCCAUUUCGUCUUUUAAAUCAAGAAACUGACGAAACUAGGAAUUUUUUCUUUUUGUCAGUAAUCGUUACAUUUAUGAUGAAAACUCAAACAACUCAAUACUUUAUUGUUUUAUAGCAAGAUAUAUUGUUAUAUGGCUGGAAAUUUUUUCCCACUUCACAUGACAUUUAACAAUGAAACUGUUUCGCGCCAAAAUCUAUGAGCGGGUAACAUUGCAAAGUCUAUUACGCCAGACGUUAUGACGUUAACAGUGGUUGCUUACCACUUACAAAAACUUUCCAGAAAAUCCGGUUGGAAGUUAAUGGAACACGACUUUUUCGGUCUUCCCAACGGAAAAUCUCCGGGAGCAACGGAACAUCUGAAAGGGUCGUCUUGUUUUUCCCGAUGGAAUACUCCAAACAGAAGUUCGUGUUCUAUUUCUUCAAAGCCAUCUUUGGUAUCAGUUUCACGCCUUUGCGGCCGUUUUCCGGUAAAAGGAACUGAUUUGUACAGUGGUAAACGCGAUUCCAAUUCCAGAACAAGAUUUACCAGUCCUGAACUUUGCAAAUCAUUUACCCAAACCGUGAACCGACUGGUUUGCCCAUGAAAAUGGUAAACAACCUGUGCACUGUUACCCGCGAAUGUUAACCGCUCUAAUCUCAAAUGUUUCUCGGGAAACAAAAUUGAAUUAACUAUUUCCCCCUGGACCAGUCAUUUAAGCGUUUAUUAUAACACCGCCGGGGUGGUACACAGCACCGCGCACUAGGCUUUAAAAGAGUGUGCUCACACACGAAGUAGCGUAAUUUGCUACCAGCAGUGCUAGUAUAUUUCUAAAGUUAUGCCAAUAGUUAUGUUAGUUUUUACAAAUUAUGCUCAUUUUACCAAAAAUGCAAAAAAUCAUGCAUCUACUUUUUUACUUUGAUUUUUUUAAAAGACCUUAAUAACUAUGCAACAACUAGCAAACACAUUCACCCUAUUUACAUCCAGAAACCUUAAAAGUUUAUAAUUCAUUUUCUGGGCCAUCUUGGAUAACCGAUCUAAUUAUGUGCGAGUGUCAGUUGAAUCCUGUGCAAAGAGUCCUAGGAUACUUCCUGUAGGACCAACGUCCCAUGAAUGUCACAAUUAGCGGGCAAAAAUUGAUUUUAUCCAUAAAAUUCACUUAGGUUUAAACAAUGAAGUAUUUGCACGGCUAAAAAUUAAUGUUUACCAAGAAAAAAUCCAUAAAAUUUCGACAUUAAUAGGUCAUCGUCAGCCGCCUGAUGACCAAGUGUCGAAAAUGUGUGGAUUUUUUCUUUUUAGAUAUAAAUUUUAGCCUUGUAAAAUGCUUCAAAAAUUAAUUUUGUCUCUUAGUUUGCCUUUAACACUGAUCUCGAUCUGGCCAAAAAAACCAUUGUUGGUUGCAUGAUGUGCAAAUGACAAUUUUUGCCAAAAUUGCAAAUUAUGCCAUCGCGCAACUGGCAGAAGGUGAAAUUUAUGCUCGUGAUGACGAAUUAUGCCAAAAAUUGUGCAAUUAUAUGUAUCUAGACUGGUCUGUUACCGCAUUUUUCACUGAUGAAGAUACUUUGGGAGCGUAUAAGUCGCCUGAAAUGUAAGGGAAUCCAAGACAGUCUUGGAAUCUGGAUUCUCCGCCGUGGAUUCCGGAUUCCAGGUACUGGAUUCCACUCAUUGUUAGUGGGACUUGGAUUCUGGGUUCAAAACGUUAGUGGGAUUCUGGAUUCCAAGGCCCAGGAUUCCGGAUUCAAUAAUGAAAAUUUCCCAGAUUUGGGAAUCCGGAUUCCCUUGCAUGGGGCGAGUAAAAGAGCUAAGGAGCUUUUAAAAUAAUACACUUCUUUGGAAAUGACAAGUUUGUGAAGUCUGGCGAGCCAAGUAUAAAACUAAAUUGAUUACCUGGAUUAAAAGUAUGAAGUCCAAUUACAGAUAAUUCGGUGCAUCAGCCCAAAUUUUUAUUGGGCUUGUGCGUUUAUGAAUCAAAACUUUUAAAAAACGUUUCCUGUUAAAUGAGUGCUUUAAAUAUUCCCCAUUCUGUUGCCAUCACAGCAAACGUUUCACUACGAUGCCACCCUUUGGGGCAACAACGAAACUUUUAACCUUGAUGGAGGGAAGACUGGGUUCGACUCAAAUGAGACCAAACUUCCCACCUACCGGAACACAUCCUUCUCUAAGAUUUGCCUCGGUAUGAUGAUUGACAGCCAGGCCAAAUUCAUUACGAUCAGCAGGAACGCCAGCUCAAUACCGUGA